AUGAUAGCCCUAUCUCACACAAAUAGUGUGGUUGCAAAUUGCAAUAAUGGGGAACCCGAGGCAGUUGAAAGCAGUGAGGACAGUGCAGUCAUUGAUGAAGAGCAUCAAGCUGAUGAAGAUGGAUUGACUGAAUUGGAGCUAGCUACGCUCGAGGAUUACGAACGAAACUGCGGCACUGUUUUAGACCAGUUUCAAAUUUUGCGUCGAGAAGAAAACAAAAAACGGCUAGCGUUAUUCUGA